UGUUUUUAAUUGGCUGAUUUAUUAUUUACUAGUUUCAGAACCAAAACUAGAGGUAUAAACAGAGUGCGUUUAUAGAACGACUGAGGACGGUCUAGGCUGUCAUUGUACGUAGAAGCGCUGUUCAUUUUGCUGCUGUAAACCGUUAUAACGUCCUUGAUAUAUUCAAAACCUCCCCUCAAAUGCCUAGGGCCACCGACAGUAAAGUCAGCAGCGCCCUGCGGGAGUUUGCGGACUCCACAACGACGCAUGGCUUCCCGAGGGCCGUCGGUUCUGCCUCGGUCGUGAAGAAGAUUUGCUGGUCCGUCUGCUUCGCGGCCUCGCUGGCUUACUUCCUCUACCAGGCCAACACGCUCUUCAACAAGUACUUUGCCUACCCGGUGGCCACGGAUGUCUCUGUCAGGUUCGCGACGAUCGACUUCCCCGCCGUGACGAUCUGUAACCUGAACCCCAUCAGACUGUCCAAACUGAAGACUGUAGGCGGCGCGUUCUCCAGCUACAUCGUCUCCGACACCGCCACGGCCGCACCGUCCACCGAGGGGCCAAGGCUGAAACGCCAGGUCCAAACAGACCAGGGUACCGUCCCCGAGUUUGACGUGGACUGGGAGGAUCCGUACCAACCACAGGGAGACAAUGGAAAGAAAGAAUAUGAAAAGCUUCGUGAAAGACGCGGAACGGAGUCGUUCGCAGGCUCCUCUGACUCUUCAAGCUACUACGACUACUAUGGGGACAGUAGCGACUCUGGGAGCUACUACAGCAGUCAGUCCAUUGAUUAUGGAGAUUACCAUGACGAGUACGAGUUGGUGCAGAACUUCUCUUCGCUGAUCUUGGAGCUCAACAAGACCUCCCGCAGAACCAUGGGCCACCAGUACAAGAACCUCGUCCUCGAGUGUGCCUACAACGGCAGAUCCUGCUCUAGCAACGACUUCAAGCUAAGACUUGAUGAGAAGUACGGCAACUGCUACACCUUUAACCCGGACAAAGCGUCUCAGAGGACAGUAAAGGACCCAGGCCCGGCCCACGGACUGCAGACCACCCUGUACAUCGAGCAGGACGAGUACGUGCCGGCGGUCACACCUGCAGCCGGCGUGAGGGUAGUCAUCCACCAGCCGGGCGAGUGGCCCUUCCCUACCGACGAGGGCUUCGACGUGGGGCCUGGGUACAGCACGUCGGUCGGACUCCGAGUUACCACUAUUCAGCAACUCGGUGGUAAGUACGGAGAAUGCACCGACGGGCGGGACCGAGACAACCUGUACCCCAGCAGGUACUCCACCAAGACGUGCUGGUACACCUGUCUACAGCGCCUCCUGGUGGAGAAAUGCGGCUGUGGCAGCCGCUUCAUUCCUCUGCCGAAGAACACGACGGCGUGUCCAGUACCCAUCAAAUCUUGUGAGGCAACAUGGACCAGGGUAGUGCGUGGCGGAGGUAUUUGUGAUUGUCCACCAAGCUGUGUCGACAACACGCACUCCGGGACUUUUGGCUUUGCUGAAUGGCCUGCCGACUCCUAUGAGGAUUCCCUGAGGCAGAAGCUGUCGAAGCUAAAGAUAGGCAAGGAAGCUGCAGAAAAGCUCAUGCAAGGCACCCUCGAUCAAAGGCGGAACCUGUUGAAGCUGUCAGUCUACUUCGAACAACUCAACCUACAAACCAUCACGGAGUCUCCAGCCUAUGGGGUGGAGAACCUGUUGGGUGAUCUCGGGGGCCAGCUGGGAUUGUGGCUGGGCGUGUCAGUCAUGACCGUCCUGGAGGUCGUCGAACUCAUCGUGGACAUCAUUCAGAUCUUACUGGGCAAGGCAAGGCGCACUAAGAAAACAGACAUCAGUGGCCCUAAGUAGGUGGCAUCUAAAACCGACGAUCUGUGUCUUUUUCUGUAACAAGGAAUGACAUACAUGUACAUCACCGAGCAAUAUAUUGCAA